AACCCCCAAAAUUGUUUCCUAUUCGGCUAUUCCAUUCACGAUUUCACGCAGUUUUCGCCUGUCGGACGCAGACGCUUUACCUGGACGAGUGGAAAACCUCGAGUCUGUGACGGCUUCAUCCUAUCUCCACCAACUGGCCUAACGAGCGGUGUAAACAGAUAAAGAUAAUGAAAAAGUCAGGAUAUGGAUUACAGCUUAGAGCUCCACCUUCCCAGCAGAAGAAACAGCCAACAAGACCCCCUCUACCCACUGCACUUGGUUUUGGUGAUGGGGAUGAUGAUGAUGUUGAGAAAGAAAUCUCUCGCCAAGCUUCCAAGAACAAGGCUCUGAGAGAUAUCGAGGAGCAGCAUAAGAAGGCUCUAGAAGAGGAUCCAUCAGUGUUUGAUUAUGAUGGAGUAUAUGACGACAUGAAAAUGAAGGCUGUACAACCUCGAGCACAAGACCGUGAGGAGAGGAAGCCAAAAUAUAUUCAACAACUAAUUGAUAAGGCCAAGCAGCGUGAACGCGAACAUGAGAUAAUAUAUGAGAGGAAACUUGCCAAAGAGAGAACUAAAGAUGACCACCUCUUUGCAGACAAAGAUAAAUUUCUCACUAGUGCAUACAAGAAGAAACUUCAAGAGCAGGAAAAGUGGAUGCAGGAAGAGCGUCUUCGUGAGCUAAGAGAGGCAAAAGAUGAUGUUACUAAGAAGACAGACAUUAGUGACUUUUACUUCAGCCUGGCAAGUAAUGUCGCUUUUGGAGGUGGAGAGUCGAAGAUAAACAAGCCCGAGAAGCAGCAUGAAGAAGAGGUGGCAAUUCAACCGCAAAAAGAGAUCCCAUCCUCGAGCACUGUGCCCCCAGACAUGUCUAGGGAGAUAAAGAGGCGAGAGAUUGAGAGUUCUCCCCGUCCCAAAGAGAGGUCUCCACAGGCCACAGAUACAAGGCCUAUUUCCAAUGCUUCCUCCGAAGAGAAAGCCAUAACUGCACCGGCAGUUGAUGAUGGACCGGUUGCUGGUCCUGUAAAUGAAGAAGCAUUAGUUAACGAUCAACCAAGAAAGGAGCAUCAUAAAAGAAGCGGCGAUGCACUGACUGCAGCUAAGGAACGGUUUUUGGCACGAAAGAGAGCAAAGGAAGAAAGGUUAAUAUGAGGUGCAAUGUGCAUUUAGGUUUUCUCAUCUUCUUUACCUAGUGUUGUUGAGGUCUAUUGGGCCCCAAUUUGAGUCACAUUCUCACACCCUGAUGUCAUUCUGGCAGUAAAUGCAUACUGGAGUCUCUUGUUUCAAUUCAUUUGUGGAAAAUGCUUUAGAAAUUCUUGAAUAUGUAAGUGUUCCAAGUUUGUAAUCUGUUAUAUUUUAGCAAAAUGCAUCAUUUCAAAGGCUGAUCAAUAAUGUUACAUUUCCUAAAUCAUUUAAUUUUCAUUAAAUAAAUGAUGUAAUAGCUUACUUA